CGCGCGCGCCCCCUCGCCGCCCACUCCCCUGCUGUCGCGCGGCGGCUGCUCCUCCAGCCCUAGGCGGUCGGGCUGGGCGCCGGGGGCGGAAGGGGGCGGAGGAGCGCGCCCGCCGCCAAGAGAGAGUGGGGGGCGAUGGCGAAGCUCCGGGUGGCUUACGAGUACACGGAAGCCGAGGACAAGAGCAUCCGGCUUGGCUUGUUCCUCAUCAUCUCCGGCGUCGUGUCGCUCUUCAUCUUCGGCUUCUGCUGGCUCAGUCCCGCGCUGCAGGAUCUGCAAGCCACGGCGGCCAACUGCACGGUGCUGUCGGUGCAGCAGAUCGGCGAGGUGUUCGAGUGCACCUUCACCUGUGGCGCCGACUGCAGGGGCACCUCGCAGUACCCCUGCGUGCAGGUCUACGUGAACAACUCGGAGUCCAACUCCAGGGCGCUGCUGCACAGCGACGAGCACCAGCUCCUCACCAACCCCAAGUGUUCCUAUAUCCCUCCUUGCAAGAGAGAAAAUCAGAAGAACUUGGAAAAUGUCAUGAAUUGGCAACAGUACUGGAAAGAUGAAAUUGGCUCCCAACCAUUUACUUGCUAUUUCAAUCAAUAUCAAAGACCAGAUGAUGUGCUCCUGCAACGCACACAUGAUGAGAUCGUCCUUCUGCAUUGCUUCCUCUGGCCUUUGGUGACAUUUGUGGUGGGUGUUCUCAUUGUGGUCCUGACCAUCUGUGCCAAGAGCCUGGCGGUGAAAGCAGAAUCCAUGAAGAAGCGCAAGUUCUCUUAAAGGGGAGCAGGCUUAUGGGAACAAAGCACAGAAGCUGCCCGUGUGGGCACACGCGCACCUGCAGAGCUCGCAUUUCCUGGCGCAGGAGAUGGAACGGGCCAUGACAGGUCUCCGAGAGGUUCCUGUCUCAGUGGCAGCAGAAACAGGCACAAUUGGAAGACUUGGAACCUCGUAGCUUAUGUUCCAUGUGUCAUAGUGAUGGCUAAUGGUCAAGCCUUAGCUGUAUGGAGUGACUGUUCCAAAAAACCCUAUAAGAAGUUGAUUUUCUUUGGAAAGUGACAGUAUAUUACUUGUAUAGUGUAGUAUACAAACCAUUAUGAUUUCUGCUACUUAAAAAUAUUAAACUAGAGUGGUCUGUGUUCUUUUCUAUUUCCUUUUUUAUGCUUAGAACACUAAGGAUUUAAAAAAAACAAGAUUUUUUGUUUCUUAUUUGACUGUAGAUUUAACUUUUACUUAACAGUGGAAUUCCAACAGAACUCUUGACCUUACUGCAUAACCUCCGAUUUUCACGAUUAAAGAGUAUCUUUUGAUGCCUGCUCGAGCAAAGGUAACUCAGUCUCCACUCCUUUCUCUUUCUCUCUAGGGUCGGGAAAACAUUCUCUAUCCUCUGACUUUGCCUCACUAGUAUUGUUCACAGGAUUCCUUCUUUGGAGAGAAGGAUUCUGAAGAAGGCCUGUCCAAUCUCUGAGAGCACAGAGGUCCUGUACUUGUGCUAUUUUUGAUGGAUUUUUAUCUUGGUGCAAUAAAAUACACAUAAUAUGA